CCAAUUGGACCGCCUGGAGCCGGAGGAAUCCCCGGACGGGAUGGAAAUCUAGGAUACGUGGGACCUCCAGGAGAUCCGGGACCCAAAGGUGUCCCUGGUAAUCCUGGAAAUCCCGGCUUCAGCAGCGUCGGAGAACCUGGAGAAGGCGGUAUUCCUGGAGUACCUGGGGAACGAGGACCCAAAGGUCAAAAUGGGUUCUACGGUUUACCCGGUGAGAAGGGGCCCCCUGGAGACACGUUUACCGGGAAAAAGGGAGAAGAUGGGGGUCCGGGACGACCAGGGAGGCCGGGGUUCCCAGGACCUCAAGGCGAUCCUGGUUCAGCAGGUCCAAAGGGAACCCGAGGGACAGGAGUGGCACAUAAAGGCCCUCCCGGGCCUCCGGGCCUCCGCGGAUUUCCAGGAGAUGUAGGUGUAUCCGGUCAGGAUGGAUUCGACGGACAACCCGGUUCUAAAGGGGAGCGGGGCAUCGAAUGUCAAGGCAGCUGUCCUGACGUAGCACACCCACGUUGGGCCAACGUUGGGUAUAUGUUGGAAAUGCACAUUUGCGACGUGGGCGCAACAUUGGUUCCCAAUGUUGGUCCUUCGAAGGCUUGUGUCACGGCCCCACGGGGAUAUCACUUCAGGGGAUGCUUUCUCCGUUCUUCUCCGAUCCGUAUAAAUGUGGUUCGUCAUCGUGAUGCAGGGAUACCGGGGAAAAAGGGACCACCGGGUGAGAACGGGAGACCGGGAUUCCAGGGACCUCGAGGGUUCCCGGGAUUUCCAGGAUUCAGAGGACUCCCGGGAGUGAAAGGAAAGCCAGGACUAUCCGGCUUCGAUGGGAUCCCUGGACGCCCUGGAGCCGUUGGAUUUGUUACCAUCCAUGGAAGAGGAGAAUCGACUCAUUUUCGUCUCGGUUAUUCCUUUCAAGGCAUUGCGGGGUAUCCGGGUGACAAAGGACCGACAGGGGAGAUUCUCGGAGCGACACCUGGACCCAAAGGCCUAUCCGGCCCUAAAGGGGAACAGGGAUUGGAAGGAUUUCGAGGACCUCAGGGUGAACCAGGUAGGCCGGGUACUGACGGAAUCCCCGGAGGGCCGGGCGUAGUAGGAUACAAGGGUGAGAACGGAGAGCCGGGAAUACCAGGACUCGCCGGGGCGAGGGGUCCAGAUGGGGUAGAAGGACCCGUUGGACCGCCUGGUCAAGGGAUCCCUGGAGACGAGGGUGAAUACGGAUUCAGGUAUCAAACUUUUCGCUUUAUACCUUCGGUGCUCGAAUGUCUUCGGAUCUCCAUGGGUCCUCGGGGAGAUGAUGGUUACCAAGGCCUGAAAGGAGAACCGGGGGAUUCUGCUGAUAUGAAUAUCAUCGCCGGGCCACAAGGUGAUCGUGGUUUCAUGGGCAUACCUGGUGAGCGUCCUGACAUUUGCGUUUCAGUUUCUCGUCAAGUCCACGUCGUAGAUUUCACUCGGGAUUUAUGGAUCUCAUCAGGCCUUCCUGGGAAACCGGGAGAAGCCGGACCACCCGGUGCGCCCGGUGCGCCCGGCGGUCCUGGACCCAGAGGAUCACCUGGGCGAGAUGGAGUGCCCGGAGACGUGGGUUUGAAGGGGUACCUGGGUAUCCCUGGAGAACCGGGACCUCGAGGUCAAAAGGGUAAACCUGGGAAACCCGGAAUUGACGGCAUACCCGGUGUAAACGGAGUGAAAGGGGAACCAGGAGACCAUGGGCUUCCCAUCCUUUUCGGUCCACCGGGAACUCCGGGCUUCCCGGGAGUGAAGGGCGAGCCCGGUAUUGAUGGGACUUCAGGAAGUAAGGGCUAUUCGGGACCACCUGGAGCGACUGGAAACAAGGGGGCGAAAGGAGCGCCCGGGUUCGCUGGAAGACCUGGAAUUAAGGUCCGGCUGAAUCAAAUCCUCCUCGUCGCGAUUAAGGAAAGGAGGAAGGAUUCCGAUCUGAAUCCCUCAGGAAUGCAUUAUGGAUGCAGCGGGGAAGCAAACGAGUGGGAAACUACGGCUUCACUUGGUGCCACUUCCGAGACAUCUAACGUUCGUAUUAGGAAGAGAGCAGCAAAAGGGAUACGAGGCGAACCCGGAGGGAUACUCGUGGGUCCACCUGGUACUCCCGGGAGAAUGGGAGAUGUUGGACUUCCUGGAACAUUUGGCACUCCAGGGCCCAAGGGUUUCCCCGGGGCACCUGGUGAAACGGGUCCUUCGGGUCUUCCCGGUGAUCCGGGAAUAGUGGGUCUGCCGGGGCUUCCGGGUGAGCCGGGAAUAGCGGGUCAGAAUGGGAGAGACGGUAGACCAGGGCUAACGUUAUUACGGGGACCCACAGGAGAUCCGGGAGUAAGUGGCAUACCAGGUGAGAUCGUCUUCCCCAGGACUCUAGGGUCAAUCGUAGAGAUAACAGACGCAUCGCCGCACUUCUCCGAUUCUCACCAUACUCAUCAUUUUCUACGGAAUACCGACCGACGAAUCGUGCGAUGGUCUUCCGUCGAUUUGUUCGGGAGGUGGUUCGUUCCGUCCACGAGUGACGACGGAAGAAAGGGACCUAAGGGGCUGCCUGGGCUACCGGGAGAAAAGGGUCUUCGUGGCAACCCAGGGUUCGAGGGCUCAUCUGGCAUACCCGGUGCCCCAGGAUUGGAGGGUCUUCCAGGAGAUCAAGGUCCCAAGGGUACAGUCGGGAGGCCCGGUCGAGAAGGCUUCCAAGGCCCCAAAGGAGACAGGGGGCCGGAUGGUAUUCCCGGAGUAGAGGGAGGUAUAGGACCAACAGGCCGUCCAGGAUAUAAAGGAGAGCGUGGAACACCUGGGAAGAUAUUGUUCGGGUCGAAGGGAUUCAAGGGACAGUACGGCGAACAAGGUUACCCUGGGAGGCCAGGGUUCCUGGGACGGAAGGGAGAGGCGGGAGAGACUGGAUUACCUGGACUAUCUGGCAAACCUGGAAUAAUCGGACCAAAGGGGAGCCUAGGGCCACAUGGAAGAAGUGGAUUCCCCGGGCCUCGUGGAAACCCUGGAAUUCCUGGGGGAUCAGGGCCUCGGGGUCCUCCUGGAAUUAGGGGAAAAGAUGGGGAUCCUGGCCGCUUCGGACGUCCUGGUAUCCCAGGAGAUAUAGGAGUGCCAGGCAAUCCUGGAAUCCCUGGAUUGUCUGGGUCAUUGAAGGGGCCACCCGGAGAGCAAGGAUUCAAUGGUCAACCCGGCUUGAAUGGUUUCCCAGGAUUGCCUGGUGAUAGCGGUUCAUCUGGACCCGACGGAUUCCCCGGUCAACGAGGAGAAGAGGGGCCACCUGGUUCCAAUGCAGUCCCUGGAGGUCCAGGAGAUGUGGGACUACCUGGGAAGAAUGGCAAUCCUGGGAUCCCUGGAGCAAAGGGACCAAAGGGAGAUGUGGGACUUCCUGGACUACAAGAACCAAUUUCACCUCUCCCUCUCUCUCUUCCUCUUUCCAAAUCCUUCAAUGAUGAAGUUUCAUUCAAAAUCUGGGCUCAUUCAAUCCUAAAUUAUUAUUAUUUUAUUAAUAUAAAAGACCAUUUUAUUAUUUGGUUUACAUCUCCCAUGACCAAUCACUUGACAAGGAGGUUUCUUCCCGAUAUUAGGAGAUUAUUUGCACAGGAUGGCGAAAAAGGAAGGCCAGGUAUCCCUGGCGCACCAGGCGUGCCUGGAAGACCGGGCCAAAAGGGUGCACCGGGAGAAUACGGCCCAGAUGGACCUCCAGGACAGGAAGGUCCCCUAGGUGCUCCCGGUCCCGUCGGCCAAAAGAUACCUGGAAUACCUGGCCUGCCGGGAUUACCUGGACUUGAAGGCAAGCCCGGUCGAGGCGGAAUUCCAGGAAUACCCGGGUUGCCCGGUUUGCCUGGUUUGAGAGGAGAACUGGGUAUACCUGGGAUAAGCGGGAAGAAGGGUCCUCCCGGAGACCAAGGAUACCCCGGAUCGAGUAGUAUCCACGGUCAAACAGGUCCACCUGGUGAAACUGGGAACCCGGGACCAAGAGGUAAACCGGGUACCGUUGGUAGAGCUGGACCCAUUGGUCCGAUAGGUCCUCCAGGGCUACCUGGUUUCAGCGGUCUCCCUGUAAGUACAGAAAGCUCUACCUCUUUGGAGAGAACUGAGAUUGGUACGCGAGGGGAGCCUGGAUUUCCAGGUCCGCUUGGCUAUCGUGGACUUCAUGGUAAUGUAGGACCAUCCGGCCCAGAUGGCAAACCGGGUCAAAAGGGUCCGAUGGGGAUCCCGGGAACGGACGGGCGGAAGGGAUAUGCAGGAGACGACGGUUCACCUGGAGAUAAGGGACCACAAGGCGAAGGGGGUCCAAAGGGAUCACCAGGCGAGGCGGGCCCUCCGGGACCGUUCGGACGACCGGGGCCUCCUGGUGCAAGCGGACUGCCGGGCGAUCCUGCCCCUCCGGCUCCCCCUCCUUCAGGGGGGGGAUUUUAUUUCGUAAAGCAUUCGCAGAGAAAGAUUGUUCCUAGCUGCCCGCGAGGAACGUCGAGACUCUGGGAGGGAUACAGUCUUCUACACAUCAUGGGAGAUGCACGCACUCACGUCCAAGAUCUCGGGACACCGGGUAGCUGCCUCAGGCGAUUCACCCCGAUGCCAUUCAUGUUCUGCAACCUGAACGACGUGUGCAACUAUGCGAGCCGUAAUGACUACAGCUACUGGUUGAGCACGGGAGAGCCACUGCCAAUGUCCAUGACCUCCGUCACCGGUCCUCAAAUCGCCAACUACGUGUCCAGGUGUAGCGUGUGCGAGGCGCCGACACGAGCGAUCGCCGUUCACAGCCAGACGUCACAGAUCCCGGCUUGUCCCUCCGGAUGGCAUGGCAUUUGGACCGGAUUCUCCUUCAUCAUGCACACUGACUCUGGAGCGGAGGGCGGAGGUCAGCCAUUGAUCUCUCCGGGCUCCUGUUUGGAGGAAUUCCGAAGCACUCCGUUCAUCGAAUGCCACGGACGCGGAACGUGCAACACGUUCCCCACGGCAUUGUCUUAUUGGCUAGCAAUCAUCGGGGACUCGGAACAGUUCCAUACCCCUCGUCCACUGACGUUGAAAGGAGGGAAUUUGACCGAUAAGAUAUCUCGAUGCCAGGUCUGCAUGAGAGGAAUUGGUGGUAGUGGGGCAUCAGUUCAUCAUCAUCAGGGGCAUCACUCUCGACCUAACCUGCUCCCCGUUUCCAACAUCUUUCAAUCGGAUUCUGCCCAGAGCAUCCCUCAGCUUAGUAACGAUUUCUUACAGGACGUAGGUCAGAGUGUCAGUGGCCCCGACUCCCAAGAACUUCCACUUUCCAGCUGAACUCGAAAGAGUCCGUGUCGAUGUAAUGAAGUUAAACUCCUGGGACAUCAUAAAGAUGAGAUUUCAACAGCGAUGACAUCCAGCAGUACUCGUUCCUUCAUAGUUCUCCAUAAACUCGAACCCAUUGGACUUUUUCUCGAAUGUGUGCUUUGUGUACUCGUUCAUCUUAUGGAAAAUUUUUCCUGUCGAACGCAUUCAAGUUUAAACUUUAAAAUGCUUUUCUGAAGCAGGCUCUACAAAAUACCAUCGAGCGACAGAUCCGAACUCGAGCUCGAACACUCCCAUUUCUGUCAUUGUCUUGCUAGUCAUAUCCUUCGAUUCCUUUGAUUGUUUUACGCUCAACGAAUGUUCGCAAUGGUGCUACUCUUUGUCGUCGUCGGUACUAUGAUCGAUUUCUUUCACACUGGCUUGUCUUCCAUAAUAAAAUCGCUAGAAAUUAUGUGACAAUU